GUGCAUACAUGGUGUUGGCAUGACCAUACCAUGCCAAUAAAAAAAUUCUACUGGUUGACCUUAUGGGUAUGGUGCAUAGGUCUAGUAGAUAGUGGAUUGGUGUUUUAUUAAGUCUUAGGGCCUACUGGUACGCUCAUGCAGGUACAGUAGGGGUGGUGGCGGGACCUUUGGGACGGGAUGUCUCUGCAUAGUCUCCUCAAAUGGGGGUCCAUUGCUUGUGCCCAAACCAGGCAAUGGCCCCAACUCGUACGUACCAGCCUUGUCGCGGCAGAGGGGCUCAGUACCCAGGGGAAAUGCUGUAAUGGUAUUUGUCCUGGGGAAGCUAAUGGUGCGGCGGGGGAUUCAGGUGUUGGCCUGUCUCUGAAGCUAGGGCAUGUGCUUGGAUCAUGACCUCGGGGAGAGAGGAUUGAAGGCAGUCCCCGAGGGUACAGUUUUAAAACCGGGGAUGCACACCUGGGGCGCCCCAUAGUUAGGGGCCUGGGGGGGUUAGCCGAUCCCUACUGGCCGCCCUGAUCAGGGGGUGAAAAAUCCCGCCUCCUGUCCGAGUGCAGGGUGGCGCCCUGUACAGGACCCUCUGGCAGGGGGCGAGGGCCACUACCGAGGCCACGGGGGCUGCCUUUGGUCCUCUCAUAGGCCCUGGGCAUGGUCGGGUGCAUGUCUUGGUGGAGGGGAUUAGGUUAGCACCUGGGUCUGGGGAUUGGGUAGGGGUUCCUCUUACAUUAAAUAUGGAUAGUCAGAAAAAAGAAAAACGAUUAAACGUGCGGGGGGUAAGGGGAGGGGUUCCUGUCCCUCAAGAUGAAUCACCUGUGAGUGUUGUUAGGCAAAGUUUAGGAACGGAUAGGUCAAUUCAGGAGUAUGAUUCAGUGGGUUAUUUGCGCGAAGCAGAUAAACUACAGAUGGAGUUUAGAAGAGCAUGUAACCAUAAAGAUAGUAAGUUGUCUAAGUUAUAUUCGGGUAUUCUUAUAGAUAUGUAUAGUGAAGUGAUAGGUUUAGUGCGUAAUUUGGUUACUGAAAAUGAAAGACUGAUAGGCAAAUUAAGUGUUUUAGAGAGUAUGAAUAGGCCAGGUACACCAAUGGUUGUUGCACCAUCAUAUGCAGAGGUUGUAGUGGGUGGUGAGGAAGUGUCUAGGGAGGUUACAGAUAAUGUUGUUAUAGUGAAAGGGAAUAGAGAGGAAGAUAGCGAGGCUAUUAGACGGAAGUUUAUGGGCUGUAUAGACCCGAAUAGAGAUUUAAUUCGGUUUCAAAAUGUGCGGAAGAUAAGAAAUGGUGGAAUAGCGGUAACGCUUGCUACUAAGAAGGAUAGAGAUAGAUUAAUGAUACAUGAAUUAAUACAGGAACUAGGUUUAAAUGUAGCACUACCUGUGAAGAGAAAACCACGGAUGGUUAUUGUAGAUGUUUCGCGUGAAUUGCAAGGGGAGGAAUUAGUUAAACUUUUGUAUGGUUUAAACUCAGAUUUAAUUUAUGGUGAUCAUGAAGGUAAUUUAGAAGAUUUUACUAGAGAUUUUAAGCCGUUGUAUCGUACUGGACGCAAGAGAGAACUAUUAGUAAAUUGGGUAGUCGAGGUAGCACCUUCUCUGCGAAUGAAGUUAUUGCAAUUGUCUAGGUUAUAUCUUGAUUAUAGAUGUUGCAAUGUUCGUGAUUAUUAUGAAGUGUCGAAGUGUUUUCGGUGUCAAUUGUUUGGGCAUAUUGCUCGAAAUUGCCGUCAAGAAAAAGAUGUGUGUUAUAAAUGUGGGGUGGUUGGUCAUCGGUCAAAGGAUUGUGAGGUUUCUGAAAGAGUUCGAAAGUGUAUACCGUGUGAAAGGUUGGGGAGGCGUAGUGAUCAUUUUUCGAAAGAUAGAGGCUGUUAUUCUUAUCAAGUUGCAAUUAGCCGAUAUAAAUUAGGAAUUGAUUAUGGUUAGUCGAGGAAAUUUAAUUUUAAAGAUAGCGCAAAUUAAUUUGCAGCGAAGUAAGUUAGUUCCUGAUGAGAUAGCCUU